GGCGCGCAGGGUCCUUCCGCGCCGCGCGUCGCAGCCGGUGGGCCGUUGGCAGCGCGCGUGCCGGCGGCCCCCACCAUGUACUACAAGUUUAACGGCUUCACGCAGAGGCUGGUCGGGGCGGCAGCCUCUGCCGCUUACAAUCCCCAGGGACUCAAACCAGUAGUUUCCACUGAAUCCUCAGCUCUGAUUUUUGGGACAACAACUAAACUUGCUUCAGAUUUACCAGCAACUGAUUCUUUCUUGGGUAAAAACAAGGUGCCAGACCUACAGAAACUCUUUCAGAGAACAGACGGGCUGCCGGUACACCUGAAGAGAGGCCUUCCAGAUAAGCUGCUUUAUCGGACCACUAUGGCUCUAACAAUAGGAGGGACUAUCUACUGUCUAGUAGCACUGUACAUGGCCUCACAACCAAGAAACCAAAAAUGAAUGAACCACAGCUCAUGGGACUUGACACAUCUCUGAAUGACCUCCUGCAUGCACCUGUUGGCACUGGCUGUAGUUAAUUCUGUGAUCGCAUUGGGUUCAUUAUCCAGAUCCAAUUUCUUGGAGAAACUGUUUUAAAUUGGUUGCCUUAUGUGUUCUAGAAAUUGA